CUCAGAUGAGUCCUUUUCAGUGUACACUUGUUCACCAGUAAGAAGUUGGAAGUUUACGAGAGAGAGAGUGGAGUUAAGAUGUCCUCAAAAAAUCCAAGGAUGUUAUUUGUUUCGAAAAAUUCUCCGGAAAACAAAAUUGAAACCAUCCGGGCUUUCGAAUACGUUUAUUUUACAAUGAAGUUCCAAGGACUAGUUAUGACGGAAGACUAUCGCCUCCGACAUAAAAUACACGUUGCAAUCAAUUUCAUCUUUACCAAUGUUAUCUACUAUUUCUCGUACAUCAUCAAGCUUUUUUACGUGCACAAUCUGAGACAGUUACUGGAAAAUAUCCCUAUGAACAUUUGUGUGACCGCUUGCUCCAUAAAAUUCUUCGUGAUUUUGAGAUUGAGACCCAGCCUCAUCGAAAUCAAUGAGAAGCUGAAGCAUCUAGAUAGUCGACCUAUGACGGACAAGCAAAAGGAUCAACUGAGGAGCGUAAUAAAUCUAUGCAGGCUGAUUUCAAGGAUUGUUAUCGUGUUUUACAUGGGGGUGUAUUUAAUUCAUGGCCUUGCAGCAGUGCUUUCGAAUGGCACGAAACUAGCGUUCGAAACGUGGUUUCCGUAUGACUGGAGAACAAGCGCCUUUCGAUAUUGGGGUUCGUUGUUCAUACAGACCGUGUUUCAGCUCCAACUGGCGGUGGAACAGGUACCAAACGACUUCCUUGGGGUCUUGUAUCUUAGCGUAUUGAGCGCUCAUCUACAGAUAAUAAUGGAACGGUUUGCAAAUAUUCACUGUGAUCCAGAAAAAACAGAAGACGAAAGUUUUCAGGACUUUGUACAGUGUUUGGAGGACCAUCGGAUCAUAAUGGAUAUCUUUCAGAUAAUACAGAACACCCUCUCCUUUACAAUUUUCUUUCAAUUCAUCACCUCCAUUCUCGUAUUUUCAACCUCGGGCCUAAUAUAUCUCAGAUUCUCGCCAUCGUACGCUGAGACUACGGCAACAUUUCUAUUUAUGUUAGCAGAAAUUGCAGAAAUUUACCCAUCAUGCUAUUAUUCGAAUAAGUUCAUGGAAAAAACGGAUCAGAUGGUCUUCAUGCUCUACUCGUCAAACUGGAUGGACUUAUCUCCAAGAUUCCGGAAGCAUCUUAUCAUAUUCAUGCAGAUGACGCAGGAGAAAAAAGUUAUAUUGGCUGGAAAACAGAUACCAAUAACCUUGGAAACUUUCAUGUCCGUAAUGAAGGCUAUGUACACAAUGUUAAUGAUCAUGAGCCCAUCAGAGUAACUCGCAAAAAGGACGCCUUUAAAAAAAAACAGAUUUGAAUUCAAUCAAUUGUAGUUGUAGAAAAACGUAGUUGCAACCAUAAAGGAUUCUUCACUUGUGCACUGAA